UCGGUUCAUAGAUCAGAAAUCACUCACUCAUCGCCGAGCGAAUCUUUGCCGACUGGAGCUCGUAAACAUUCGCGAGCGAACACGAAUCUAAGGCUGCCAGCGGCUUGCUCAAUCGCUUCACUCAGCGACACAAAAACUUCGUGAAUUUCUUUGCCUACUCCGUCCGUCGACCCGAGUCACACACGAAUACGUUCAGAGAGGAGAGAACCUUUUAACAUACCAGUUCGGCGCUCUUUUGGCCUGCAUUACCACAGUGUGCCGUAAAUUUGUAUUUGGCAGGGUGGAAAUUGCUUUUAAAUCAACAAAAUUGCAAAACAUUUUUGAAAACAUUGAUUGCAAGCAGUUUAAUAAAUCAGCAAAACAAAGCCGAUCGCAAACUACUUCGACUCAGCUUUGAGCGACAACGCACAAUCGGCUCUCUGAACCACUCGCUGUACUACCCGAUUGGAGUGAGAGGGAGAGCAAACAGAGAGUAUUCAGUAGCGAUCGGUGUGGAAGUGACAAACGGUUGGAAACGGUCAGAUGAGAUUUUUGUCGCAUUAUAUUUGAAAUGCUGGAAUUGGAAAGAUUUUAUUGGGUCUCUUAGAAAAAGUCAGAAAUAACAAUUUAAAAUGGCUGUAAAAAUUAUUUCAAAUUUUAAGGCCAUUAUUUUCAAAUAUAGAAAAAUACUAAAACGCGUUUUGCUCUAAACAUGAUUUGGCCUAAAAUUUUCAAAUAUGGGCAGUCAAGCAAUCAUAAAUACACGACUUUUCAGAGAAUAUCACAGAUAACCCAACUCGCGCGCGUCACCAGAGCCAAACUCAGUUGAUACCGCGUACUCGUAUACGACCAGAGUACCAGCACAGGUGAUCCAUCAUUGCGUCGCAAAGAUAACAAAUAAAAAAAAAACGACUUGCUAUGAUUAGGAGGGGGGCUUCUGGUGUGGGAACACGAUGUUAUCUAUGCAUGAUUGCCAUACCAUCGUGCCAUUAAAAGCCCCCUAUCGAAGUCAUUCGUGAGGCAACACCUGAUUGUUAAACAUCUUUCGGUACUAUGGACGUCGAACAUCCGGUUGUGCCGACCCAGUACGGUCCAGUUAGGGGGGUUCGUAAGUUGGCCGCAACGGGGGUUGAUUACUACAGCUUCCAGCGCAUUCCGUACGUGCAGCCUCCCGUUGGAGAGCUGAGAUUUAAGGAUGCUCAACCGCCGAAACCGUGGACGGAACCGUUGGACUGUACCGUCCAAGGCCCGGGUGGAUAUCAGUACAGUAAGCUGCUGAACAAAAUCAUUGGAAGUGAAGAUAGCUUGCACAUGAAUGUGUUCACGAAGAACCUCAAUAGCAAGCAGUUACUGCCAGUGAUGUUGUACAUCCACGGUGGAGCCUUCAUGAGAGGAUCUAGUGGAGUGGAGAUGUACGGACCGGACUAUCUGAUACAGAAGGAUGUGGUGUUCGUUUCGUUCAACUACAGAAUAGGCGCACUUGGGUUCAUCUCGUUCGAUUCUCCCGUGCUGGGACUUCCGGGAAAUGCCGGACUGAAGGACCAGAACCUCGCGCUUCGCUGGGUGGUGGACAACAUCGCCAACUUUGGGGGUGACCCGAAGAACAUUACGCUGUUUGGAGAGAGUGCCGGUGGUUGUUCCGUGCACUACCACAUGGUGUCGGACCUGUCGCGGGGAUUGUUUCAGCGCGCGAUCGUAAUGUCCGGCUGCGUGCUGAACAAUUGGUCCGUGGUUCCACGAAGAAAGUUUAGCGAACGGCUGGCCAAAGCUCUAGGCUGGAAUGGGCAAGGUGGCGAGCGGGCCGCUCUGGAGGUGCUCGUGAAGGCAGAUCCGGAGAGCAUUGUUCGCGAGCAGGAGGUUUUGCUGAAUGAGAAUGAGAUCGAAAAUCGCAUCCUAUUCUCAUUUGGACCAGUUAUCGAGCCAUACGUUACGAAAAAUUGCAUGAUUCCAAAGGAUCCAGUGGAGAUGUGUCGUGAAGCUUGGAGUAACGAAAUUGACAUCUUAAUUGGUGGAAACUCGGAGGAGGGUCUGUUCUGUCUCAACGGGAUCAAGGAGAAUCCCGCGAUCAUGAGUAACUUGAAGGACUUUGAGUACCUGGUUCCGCUGGAGCUGGACUUGGUCAGGACUUCUCAAAGAUGCAAGCAUGUGGGCAAGCAGAUGAAAAAGUUCUACUACGGUGAAACGGAACCGUCGUUUGAGAAUCGAGAGGGUUACCUUACGCUGAUGACCGACAAGCUAUUCCUGCACGGACUGCACCGUACGAUCCUGUCUAGACUCAACUCGAAGAAACCAUCGAAGACCUUUCUGUACCGCUUCUCCGUGGAUUCGGACACCUACAACCACUACCGGAUCGUGUUCUGCGACAAGAACGUGCGCGGAACGGCCCAUGCCGACGACCUGUCGUACAUCUUUAAAAACGUGUUCAACGAUCCACCGGCGAAGGAUACCUUCGAGCAUCGCGCGAUGAUGAAUAUGGUCGGCCUGUUCUCAACGUUCGCGAGCAACAAUGGAAAUCCCAACGGAGAGCUGAUCAACGAAUGGGAAUCGAUUGCGACGCCAACGGGACCGUUCAAGUGUCUCAACAUCAACAACGACGGUUUGCAGUUUAUUGAGUAUCCGGAGCAGGAACGAAUGCAGUUUUGGGAUUCACUGUACAGCAAAGAUAAACUUUAUUAGCGAUCAUAAGUGUGUUACAAAUACAAAUUUAUUGUAGUUUCAAGUGUUCAAUUUUGCUGCCUGCAGCAAGGCAGAUUUGUUCCGGGGUUGAGGGUGUCACUGAAAUAAAAAUACACGUUAGAUUUAUUCGUAAUAA